AGUUAAGAAGUCUCACACACACACACACACACACACACACACACACCGCCAGACUAACACAAACCCUUCAUGCUACAGUCAAGUCAAGCAGAAAUGAAGUUUCAUCUGAAAGACUAAGAACGAGAGACACAAUCAAUUACAACAAAUCAGGAGAUUGUGACAGUAAUUAUGUGUGUCCACUAAUAAUGGCUCACGUGAGAAGACUGGACAGAAACAAACACACACACAGGCUUCUGGAUGAAGACAGAUACCCUGCUGAUGAAGUUUCAAGCAGUCCUGUCACAACAGGAGACAUUGUGCACAUUCCUCCUCGUCCCCCUCGAAGUGUCCUUCCAGGAUGUAAAGCCCCCGCCAUCAACAGAGACCUGAAACCUGGGAGACUGCCCAAGAGUUACUCAGGAUGUAAAGCCCCCGCCAUCAACAGAGACCUGAAACCUGGGAGACUGCCCAAGAGUUACUCAGAUGACAAAUUAGACUUUGUAGGAUCUACUGACAAGGACUUCAUAGUUCAACAAAGGCCGGUGAGAUCUUUGCCGAGAGAUCAGUUGAGUUUACCACCUUUACAAGGACAAACCAGCACUAACCAGCCAAACCAGAUCGAUCAGUUUAAUGUGUCUCCUCCAUCCAGACCAGCACCAGUUUCCCCACAAAUCAGAACCAACAACAACUCACACACAUUGACGGAAUCAAGUCCGUUCAAAAGGGAGAAUGCUAGAAACAGACAGUCAUCUAUAAGUCAGUCGUCUCAGAGGUUUUCUCUGGAUUUAGACUCUCAGGAUUUAGACAGUGACUGUGAGACAGAGAUCAGCUCCUCUGAUUUUCAUUUAAAGAAACAGCAGCAUCACGAGUGGCCACAAACUAAAGGAGACACAAACCACAGCACUUACACCAAUCACAGCAAACCUGCACAGGGAUUGGCGGAGCAGAACUGGUAUGUUGGCGCGUUUAGUCGUGUGGAAGCAGAACAUGCGCUUCACCUGUUCAACCAGGAAGGAGCCUUUCUGGUGCGCGACUGUUCCAAGAACACUACCUAUGAGCCCUUCGUCCUCGCUGUGUUUUACGACAAAAGAGUUUUCAACAUUCAGAUCCGUCUCAGUGAGGAGACGAGCAAAUACACUCUGGGAUCUGGACUCAGAACCAACGACAGGUUUGAUUCAGUGACUGACAUCAUCAAGUUCCAUUCCAUAUUUCCCAUCAUCCUCAUCGACAGACGCAAAACAUCAACAGUAGCAGCUACUGAAAGGAGACAGUGUGUCCUCUUGCACCCCAUCACAAAGCAGGAAAUGAUACAGUUGUUGAAUUAAACCACAUCAGUGAAUAUAAAUAGACUU